CUACCCGGGAGAGACCGAGGAAGAUGGCGGCGACUGAUCGUUCCCGAUCCGAAGCUGCAAAGCAGCGUAGGCAGGAUCAGUUACAGCGAUGGCUAGGCUCGGAAACCGAUCAGACGGGACCGGGGACGCGGGACGGGUCGACGGGAACCGGGACGCGGAGGGCCCGGGUUCGGUUCGCUCAGGGUGCCGUGUUUAUGGCAGCCUGUUCGGCCGGGGACAGAGAGGAGGUAGCGUUACUCCUACGACAGGGCGCUGACAUCAACCACGCCAAUAUAGACGGACUGACUGCGCUUCAUCAGGCGUGUAUAGAUGAGAAUGCAGAGAUGGUCCAGUUCCUGGUGGAGAGUGGGAGUGAUGUGAACAGGGGGGACAAUGAGGGAUGGACUCCCCUCCACGCUGCUGCCUCCUGCGGGUUCAUACAGAUCACCAAGUACCUGAUAGAGCACGGUGCACGUGUGGGGGCGGUGAACAGUGAAGGAGAGCUUCCUCUGGAUGUGGCCACUGAGGAUGCUAUGGAGAGACUGCUGAAGGGAGAGAUCAGGAAACAAGGGGUGGAUGUAGAUCUGGCGAGGAGGGAAGAGGAGCGGGUGAUGCUGGCAGAUGCCAACGAGGUGCUGGCAGGCAGUGGCAUGCUGACACCUCACCCCAACACCAAGGCCACAGCGCUGCAUGUGGCCGCGGCCAAGGGCUACAUAGAAGUCAUGAAGUGAGUCAGGU